GCUAUUUUCGCAUUCAUUCUCAUCAGCCAGCAGCUUUUGAAUUAUUUCUCAUUCACCCAACGCAAUCAAAACCUUCCCAAGAAUCUCUUUCUGCCUUCUCUGUUUCAGCCAACGAUGUCGCACCGCGAAUCGAUAGCGAUCGAGGUACCGGAAUCAAGUGCUGCUGCGAAAGGAAAGGCGCCUCUCAUUGGCACUGCUGUUGCUGCAAGGCAUGGGAAGGGUGGAUACAAGAAGGGAAUUUCCAUAAUGGACUUCAUUUUGAGGAUUUGUGCUAUGAUCUCUGCUUUGGCUGCUGCUGCUGCUAUGGGAACUAGCGAAGAGACUCUUCCUUUCUUCACUCAGUUCUUCCAAUUCCAAGCUAGCUACGACGAUCUCCCCACUUUCACGUUUUUCGUCAUAGCAAUGGCAAUAAUUGCAAGCUACUUGGCCCUUUCCCUUCCAUUCUCCAUCGUAACAAUCAUCCGGCCACACGCGGUUGGACCAAGGCUUCUCCUCCUCAUCUGUGACACUCUUGCACUGACUCUUGCCGCUGCUGGAGGUGGAGCAGCUACUUCCAUAGUCUACUUAGCUCACAAUGGCAAUGCAAACACAAAUUGGCUGGCUAUUUGUCAACAGUUUGGGGAUUUCUGCCAGCAAGUGAGUGGGUCUGUGGUGGCUUCUUUCCUUACUGCUGUUAUCCUAUUGUUUCUGGUUGUAAUGUCUGGUUUUGCUCUCCGAAGGCAUUGAUUGAGAAGAUCGAAGUCUUGUGUGUCUGUGUUAUGUGAUUGUUUCAUGUACCAUGUGUUGGUUAAGUGUGA